UUAUCUCUUUUCUUUUCACACAUUUAUCUCCUUGUGCCAUGGACUGAACGAGAUAGAAAAAUACAUUCUUUUCGUUCAAGAUGAAGUUAUUUUCUGUAGGUUUGAUCAUUUUCAUGUGUGGGUGUUUAAUGGUGACCCAAGCAGAGUCCGACCAAAACAUUCUGUUCAUUCUCAAACAACUUCAGGACCAAGUAAAUACCCAAAAUGCGGUGAUUGCGUCAUUGCACGAAGAUAUCGCUGCACAGAAAAGUUGGAUAAAUGUUUUGGAGACGCAAGUAGAGAUAUUGAAAAAUCCAGAAGGCAACAUUAUUCACCCAUCUGACCCGAUGGAGACGCACGAUAAUAACAUAACCGACCACGGAGAUAAAACAAAGUUUGAAAUGAAUAAGGCCUCAAUAGGAAUCAUUCGUCUACAAAGAUUUCUUGCAGAUGUUGAAGGCCCCGUGGCUUUUCAAGCACAUAUGUCAGGUGACCUCACGCAUAUAGGACUCCACCAAAAGAUACCCUUUGAUUCUGUAACACUGAAUUUAGGUAAUGCGUAUCACGGUGCCCAUGACUUAUUCGUCGCUCCUCGUUCGGGGAUCUAUAUAUUCUCGGGAUCGAUUCUUGCGCAUCAUACAAAAGACAUUGAAAUGCCCUUCAAGAAAAAUGGAAUUGACAUAGGAGGGGGAAUUCUUGCAUAUUCUGCUGUAAAUCAAGGAUACGCCCAGGGUUCUGCGACAGUUGUUGCACAAUUGAAAGCGGGGGAUGAGGUUUGGAUCGAAAACAAUCACCCAGAUGAUACCUCCAUAAGAGCAAGCGUAUAUACUUGCUUUAUGGGUUGCAUUAUAAUGGAUGUUGAAAAUAAAUAGACAUUUAAAUAACUUCUUAUUGAUUGAGAAUUUCAAAUACAUGAAUUACAGUA